AUUAUAAUAAAUGCUUAAUAACUAUAAAACCAUUCAAAAAGCACUUGUAAUGCAUUGAGCAGGUUGUUGGUCGAGAAAUUGUCGCUUCGAAUAUACACAUACAUAAAUACAUUAUUAUAAGAGUGUAAAAAUAAAAAUUUGGGAAAAGUUACAGUUUACGAAGCAUUAAAGAGUUUAUCCGAGUUUAGCAAACGAGCUGUGUGCGACGGUAAGCACUUAAGCCAAUGGAAAUGAAGUAGCAAGGCAACUAUAAAGUAGUGCAAAGUAGCGAAGAGAUGGAUAGUUAAAUGCUGUUCGAGUUAUAUUGAAAACCAUAAUGUGCAAAUAUUAAAAUUUAAGUGCUAAAGUAAAACUAAGGCAAGUAGGGGUUCAGAUCAACAAGAAAAAAAAUAACACGUUGAAAGAUUAAUGCAAGCUUAAUGCAAAUAAUAUAAAAUACAUCGCUCAAAGUCAAUCGAAAGCUUAUUGAAAAAGGCUGUUUUAACAAAUCUGCAAACAUAUGAACCAAUGCGCAAAUAUAUUUCAACGGACAAAUCCUCAAUCACAUCCACUGCAUGGAUAUGGAUUUGUGCUCCUGCCAGACAACACAAAUACGUAUUAUCAAUAGUAAGUAGCAAGUAGCAAUUCGCAUCAAAUCGAAAUCAAAAGUAUUUGUUUGUGUGUGUGAAAAAAACAGUGCUGGAUAAGUGAAAAAGCAAAAUGUAUUUGACUGUUUGUAAACAAGCUUAGAGUAUAAAGCCCAACAGCUUAUGGGCAUGGCAAAAUCCAUUCGAAGCUGAAAGCAAAUAUUCAAUCACUGCGAGCAUCUGCGUAUUGAGAAAUCUCCUGAUGCGUAUUUGGAUAAAGCAAGCAGAACAACAAAAACAAAAGCAACAAUAGUUGAAGGAUACUCGCUAACAAUGUAAUAAUGUCAGCCACAGAGUCAAAGAUGCUUGUGGGGAAUGUGGCAAGCAGCAUAUUAAUAACGCCGGUAGCAGAAACAACAAUAACUGCAACAAAAAUAAAAACAAUAACAACAGCGAGAAAAUUGAGCAAUCCAGAUAAUCACAAUGAGUACGUUGUUGCAAGCGUCGAGGAGAAGCAUUUAAGGCACGCAAUGCUUGGAAAUUUUAAUCACCAAAAUGAGCUUUGGCAAGCCAAGCUGGAUGAUGGUAGCAACAGAAAUAGCAAUAGCAACACCAGCACCAACACCAACACCACAAACAAGCAUGUACACCAUCGUUGCGGCGAAGCGAAUAAGCAGUGCAAGCGACUGCGAUUAUGGAGGUUAAAUGAGGAUACGAAUUGUGUCAACAACAUGCAACGAGCAACACAAAAAACAAUGUUUGCAAAAAUGACGAGUGAUGCCACAAACAAGCGCAUUUCAUAUAACAAUACUACGUGCCAGCGCAGCGAAAGCUACAUUAAUGGGAAUUAUGAGCAACGCGACAAUAAUGAAGAGUCCAGUAAUUCACCUACAUCCAGAGCCACCACAACAACAGCGAAUGCACUAUCCACGUCGCAUGAGGUUGUUAGUAGCAUAGAAACUUUAGCGACGCUAACACCUACUGGCCAGGAGUGCAUGCCAAUAUCAGCAGCAGCAGCAGCAGCAGCAGCAGCAGCAGCAUCAACAUCAACAUCAACACCAUUGCCAUCGCCAAAGCCCGCUGCGGAGCCAUUGCUGCGGGACAUAGAUGUCGUAAAAAUUCCGAAAAUUCGCUGCGGUGGCACAAAUCACGCAGCCGCUUUGAACCCGGUUCGGAAUAGUAAAACAACGGGGAGUUUAAAAAUUUCGAACAUUGCUGGAAAAACGCGUGGGGGUAAUGCAAAUAGAAGAAGAAGACAUUUCGCGCCCAGUCAGCACUGGAACAUUAAAUCCACUAGCUCCAGAGUGAAAAUAGAAAGUGAAGCAGCUAAAAUUGAGGCUUCCGCAAGAGCAAGUGUGGCUAAAAGCAGCUCAAAAGCGCCAUCACUGAAUUUCGCUGCAUUAACGUCAUUUAUUUUGAAUUCCACAUUUUUGGCGCUUUGCAAUGCCACCGCUGCGACAGCGUUGUCGGCAGUGGCGACGACACUCAGCAGCGAUGCGGGUGCAGAUCUUCAGUCUACCGUCGAUGCCGAUGCUUGGAAUGGCAUACAAAAUGCAACUUUGGCUAAUCGUAAUGGCAGUUACGGUGCGAUUGGUGAUUUAAAUGUGGCUUCCGAAAGCGGCAUUGGUGGCAUUCGCUUUAAUGAUAGCGGAAUUUUGUUGGAUGAGGAAGUUCCCGAAUAUAUCUUCGAUCGCACAGAUGUACGCAUCAUUUUUAUAACGUUGUAUACGUUGGUGUUUUGUUGUUGCUUCUUUGGAAAUUUGCUCGUGAUACUCGUGGUAACCCUAUCGCGCCGCCUGCGUUCGAUAACCAAUUUUUUCUUGGCAAAUUUGGCAUUGGCUGAUUUUUGUGUGGGGCUAUUUUGUGUAAUGCAAAAUCUAUCAAUUUAUCUUAUAGAUAGCUGGGUCUUUGGCGAAUUUCUCUGCCACAUGUAUCAGUUCGUGCACUCGCUCAGCUACACUGCAUCAAUUUUCAUACUUGUGGUCAUAUGCGUGGAACGUUACUUUGCGAUUGUUCACCCGAUUGCGUGCAAACAAAUUUUAACUCCCGCCAGAUUGAAGAUGGUCAUCUUAACCGUUUGGGUCACUUCAGCCCUAUUUUCUACGCCAAAAUUCCUUUUUAGCAAAACUAUCAAAAAUAUUCACACUGAGGAUGGACAGGAGGAGGAAAUCUGUGUGAUGGAUCGCAAUAUGUACAACUCAAAGGUACUGGAUAUGAUCAGUUUCGUGCUGCUCUACGUCAUACCGCUGCUGGUGAUGACGGUGCUUUAUAGCAAAAUUGCCAUCGCUUUGUGGCGUAGUUCGCACGGUCUUUCGCAUCAUUUAGUUACCCAGCAUGAGCAGCAGCAGCAGGCUCAGCACCAACAAGAGCAGCAAGAGCUAGACGAAAGCAUGAGUUUGCAUAACAGCAUGUAUCAUCAUCAACAUCAACAUCUACAUCAACAUCAACAUGCAAAUCAACACAAUCACAGUCUCAAACAAAACCAUCAUCAACAUCAUCAUCUCAACCAUCAUCAUCACGAUCACAUGCCGCAAAAUCAUCAUCCACCGUCGUCGAUUCUACAGGCCACCAUCAAUCACCAUCACAAUCACCUGCAACAGACACAAACAGCGCAACAGUUGCCAGCAGCUGCACUAGCGAUUGGUACACCUGAGGUGGGUGUGGGUGUGGGCGUGGGCGUGGUCGGUGUGAACAGCGGUGGUGUUGUCGUUUGUGGCGGUGCCAUCAGCCAAACGGGCGGUUUAUUGUCGCGUAAGCAGAGCAGCAAAUACGACAAACGCGGCGUAAGCAUCACCGAGAGUCAGGUUUCCCUCGACUCCGAUCGACCCAUUGUGACGGCAUGCCGCAAUGGCAGCGGCCAGAGCAACAACGGCAACAGCAGUGGCGGUGGCGGUGGCAGCAUGAAUAGCAACCACAAAAGUAGUUUUAUGCAACAUCAUCAUCAUCAUCAUCAUCAUUCGUCGACGCAUCCGCAUCCGCAUCAGCGUACGCGCAUCAACCGCAUGCCACACUCAUCGAAUAAUGUGCUGCGUGCUAGGCGUGGCGUUGUGCGCAUGCUCAUCAUUUUCGUGCUCACAUUUGCACUGUGCAAUUUGCCAUAUCAUGCGCGUAAAAUGUGGCAAUACUGGUCACGUUCAUAUCGCGGUGACUCGAAUUUCAAUGCGCUCCUCACGCCGCUCACCUUCCUUGUCACCUACUUCAAUUCGGGCAUUAAUCCGCUGCUGUACGCUUUCCUAAGUCGUAACUUUCGCAAAGGCAUGAAGGAGUUGUUGCUGUGCACAUGGAAGAAAGGCAAAGGCAAGUCAUCAUCGAACUCAUCGAUGCAUCACAAAAGAGUGGCAUUACAGACGCAUUCGUUACCAACUGACACAACGCAUAUCGGCAACGAACAACUAUGAUGACCCAUUCAUCGCAUCCGCAUCCACCGGCGAAUUGCUGGCCAACGUUCAUAAGCAUGCAGCAGUUUUCGAUUUGGCCGUUUACCAGCUGCGCUUUGUAGAUGUCUGGGAAAUACCGAAUGUAUGUACAUAUGUAUACAAGUAUACUUACACGCAUAGUAUAUGUCGUAGCAAAUAGUAUUUUGGCUCAGCAGUUAAAUGGACUACAUUAAAAUAGAGAAAGAAUUUCAAGUGAAAAUCAAACAAAGAAUUGCUGUGGCAUAGCUGUCGGUAAUUAUUAUAGAAAAUUAGAAUUUAAGCAACAUUUUAUCGUUGUGAUGUUUUUAAGCUUCAAAUCUGAUUAGUGAAGUAAAUUUUGUUAAGGCUUAAAUAUUAAUUAUGUAUGUUUAUAAAAAUAUAUUUGUAUGCAUUCAAAUCUAGUCAGCCACUUUUUGCUGUACAUAUGCUUAGCUAUCCAGUUUUUAAUAAACAUAUUCAGUAAGUUAUAUAUGUACAGGUCAAGCAACUUAGAAGGACUGUUAAGAAAUUUAUUUGAAUUGAAAAAAUCGUUUCGUACAUCGUCUGAGAGCUUAACUACUAAAAAAUUAUAAAAAUUUUCAAACUUUUCUGUCUUUAGUUUUGGUUCAACAAACCCCCAAAAAAAAAGUAAAAAUUAACGAAGCACUGUUUUCUAAAAAAAAAGAGAAAAUUUAAAUUUACUUGGGAAUUUCUCAAAAGCUUAA